AUGACCUCUGAUAUCGACAGCAGAAGCAUCUUGAUCUCAACGACUCCUGUUCAUGACCCUGUCCCCGACGACAUUACGUAUUUUGAGGAUGCGUAUACACAUCUCCGGAGUUUCAAGCCCAAGGUUGCCACUGUUGUUCCCACCCUCACGCCAACUUCAAAGGUCCGCCUCAACUCAAGACCAGAAGCAGGAGCAGGAGCAGGAACAGGAGCAAGAGCAGGAGCAGGAGCAAGAGCAGGAGCAGGAGCAGGAGCAGGAGCAGGAGCAGGAGCAGGAGCAGGAGCUUCUGCAAAAACCGUCUCUGCCAACAAUACACCUACUGUCGCCGUCCCUGUCACUGGUCAGGACACGGACAAAGACUAUGGAUUCAAUGACGACAAUGAUUUCAUUGACGCCCUGAAUGAUGUGCUGACGAAUGACGACUUUGACAAUGUCUUUUCAACAGCCAUUCACGAUGCCUACCAAAACGUUACCACCAAUAGCGAUCGCCCACCCAUUGUUGGGACAUCCUCAGUUAAAUUGGACAAGCGAGGGCGAAUGAUUGUUGAAGAGGAGACUGACGAGGAGUCGGAAGCGGCACCAUCGUCCAUCGCCAUCACCACCACCAUCACCACCAGCACCACCAGCACUAGCGGUACUAAUGCCAACGCCAUCGUCUGCGGCUCCAACAGCAUCACGAACACGCGCACGCCAGUUCCCACCUCCAGGACUCCAGGAGCAUGUGCACCAAGUGUGGAUGUGAAGGCUGGAAUCCUGUCGGCCACCUUGGCCCUCCUGCCAGGCCUUUCGGGAUUAAGAAGGCGAUCUUGGAUACCUGUGCCUGAAGGUGUAACCAAAUGGAACUGGCCGAUAAUCUCCCGACAGAGAUCGACAAUAGCUGGGUCGUGCUUCACAACUUUUGACUGGGAAGCAAGUUCAACGCCCACCUCAAUGUCGAGAUAUGUUCGUCGGUCUGCGGCGAAAUAUUGGUACGAGUACAUCCAUAAGCACCAGAACCAGCACCGCCACUACUGA